CUUGGCAGUGCGCACGCGCGGAAUCAGCCGGCAGCUGGCGCAAUGAGCCGGCAGAGUGUUACUGUCAGCACCAGAAACAAAAGGUGUAGGAACAAGAGACAGGCUGGGAAGGACAUUGCUGUGAGUGAUAGUUUCUCUGGGUUUGGGGCUCGAGCGGUGGAAAGAGGUCCAGGGUACAAAUGACAGCAGCAUCGUUAGCAAGUGUUCAAUGGUCAGUCUAGGCUACUUCAAUGAUGGUUUCCUCAAAGGAUUUGUAAACAAACCCGCCAGAAGAGCUCCACUUAUAAACCGUGGUUACUGUGUGAGGGCAAAGGCAGUGGAUUAUAGUCUGCGUUGCUUCUUGCAACAGACAGCGAGUUACUCUCAGAGACAGAUCCUCUCACUUGGAGCUGGGUUUGAUUCCUUGUAUUUUCGGCUAAAGGCAAACGGGGAGCUGAAAAAUGUGAUUGUAUAUGAGGUGGAUUUUCCAGAUGUUGUUCAGCGCAAAGCAGCUCUGAUUAAAAACAAGCAGGAAUUCGUGGACCUCAUAGGCUGCAUUGAUGAAAUUAGACCAGCCCAAAUGGGUCGCCUGUAUCUUAGUGGUAUGGAUUACAAAUUGCUUGGCAUUGACCUGAUUGAAAUAGUGGAGUUAGAUAAUGUACUGAUGGAGACUGGCCUAAACCCUGCUUGCCCGACCCUGAUACUAUCAGAAGUUGUACUGACAUAUAUGAAAGAUGAAAGUUCUUCAGCAGUAAUCCAUUGGGCAGCGGACCGAUUUUCGUCAGCAGUGUUUGUUGUCUAUGAGCAGAUACGUCCAGAUGACCCUUUUGGCCAGGUCAUGCAGCGACAUUUUACGCAAUUGAACUCCACACUGCAUGCACUCAUUCAGUUUCCUGGAAAGGAAGCUCAACGGAAACGUUUUUUAAAUGAGGGCUGGGAGAAAUGUCAUUGUAUUGACAUGAACGAGUUUUAUGUUGGAUUUAUUCCGGAAGAAGAGAAACGAAGGAUUGAAAUGUUGGAACCUUUUGAUGAGUAUGAGGAAUGGCAUCUAAAGUGUUCUCACUAUUUAAUUCUGAGUGCGUCAAAAGGAGACCUGAAAGAGUGUCUGUUGCUCCAUCCUCCUCCAGACUUCAAUGUCACUAAAUUAGAUACUCUUGCUCCACUGCGGAUCUCUGUGCCUCUGUGUGAGACAGAAACAAAGAAUCCUCUCCUGAGGAGGUUUGCCCAUUGUUCUUCACUUAUUGCCCCCAAUGUAGUUCUUAUCAGUGGAGGAUUUGGCAGCAGAGGUGGCCAGCAUGGACGCCUCAGGAAUGUAUCACUGAUGGUUAAAAAUGGACCCGUUUGGAAAAGCAGCUCUGUUAGAGAUCAGGGAUCAAUCCAUUUAUUGACUGAACGAAUGUUUCACAGCAUGACUGCACUUUGUGACAGUCGUUGUAUAAUCUUUGGUGGCCGUACGUCUCCACUGAAGCCAGUCACAAGUCUUCUUUGUUUGAAAUGUGACAUGGGUGAUGGUGCCACCUCCAGCAUCAGCUUGUCAGUAAAGGAGAUUGAAUGCAGUGGUAAUGCGCCAUUACCACGCUGGCGACACACAGCAACAGAAGUGAUUCACAAAGGUCAGAGAUAUCUGUUUAUCUUUGGUGGUCGCUCUUCCAGAGAAUUGGUACUAAGUGACUGGCAUUUCCUUAACCUGGAAGACUACAGCUGGGCAGAUAUUCCAGUUAAUGGGCCCAUUCCAGAAAAUCGUCAUUCCCACAGUGCCUGCUCAUGGAAAGGUGGUGUGCUGAUUGCUGGAGGAUUAGGAGCAACUCAGAUCCCUUUGGCAUCCAUUUUCCAUCUUAGACCAACCUGGUCUGGAUUCAUUUGGGAUAGAAUAGAAGCAGUUUCUUCUUUCAUUCCACGAUACUCACACACAGCUCAUAUUAUUGGUGAUAAACUUCUUUUACUGGGAGGAGUGACAAUCCAUUCUGAUUCACUCCAUGAGGUAACUCUUAUUGACCUUAUAACAGGACAAAGUUUUGACCACUGCAUUGACACAAAUCUUGUGAAGUGGCCUCUAAUGUUGCACAAUCACAGUAGUGUGUUGUUAGUGAAGGAGCACCAAGUGCUGGUUAUAGGAGGAGGAGGGAACUGCUUCUCAUUUGGAACUCACCUGAAUCAUCAACCAGUUCUACUGCAGCUACCCGAGAUCAGAUGAACCUGUGUACUUAGAGGCUCAGAGCGCAGCCAGUGUAUAAUCCGAAACUUCAUUAGUGAAAUGCUACCUCUCUUGGAAACCUUUGAAGUUAUGACCUCACAGCUGUUCUGUUGAAUUUGUUGAAAGCUUCAUGUGAAAUAUUAUGAACUUAAGUGUCAAUGAUCUUGACAAACAUCAUUGGUUGUUAUCAGAAAAAUGUACAUUGUUACACUUUUAGUAUUUUCUAAACAUGUUUUUCCAUUUUUAGGGAUCAAUACAAAUUUUAAAAAUAAAAAUAAAAUUUGGAGUUGAA